AUGAAAGACCGGUUUGGCAGACGCCUGCGAGACAUCCGGGUCUCUGUUACCGACCGGUGCAAUUUUCGAUGCCCGUACUGCAUGCCCGCAGAGAUCUACGGAGAACGCUAUGAGUUUCUCCCGCGGCCGGAAAUCCUCACCUUUGAAGAGAUAGAGCGACUCGCCAGGCUGUUCGGGUCGUUGGGGGCGAGCAAGCUGCGAAUUACAGGCGGCGAGCCGCUCGUAAGGGCCAAGCUGCCCAACCUGAUCGAACGGCUGGCGGCGAUCGAAACGGUCGAGGACCUGACCCUUACGACGAACGGCUUCCUCCUGGCAAAGAUGGCCCAGUCGUUAAAGGAUGCCGGCUUGCAACGUGUCACGGUGAGCCUCGACAGCCUCGACCCCGAUACGUUCAGCAAGAUGGCCGGCCGGAACUACGGGCCUGAACGUGUCCUCGAGGGAAUCGAGGCGGCCGAACGCGCCGGCCUGAGUCCGAUAAAGAUCAACUGCGUCGGCACCGGCCACAUCGUGCGGUUCAUCGAAUUCAUGGACGUCGGCAACCGCAACGGCUGGAACCUCAACCAGGUUGUUACAGCCAGCGAAAUCAUCGGUCGCAUAAACGCCGAAUUCCCUCUCGAACCCAUCCCGUCGAACUACCCGGGCGAAGUGGCAAACCGCUACCGCUACUCGGACGGCUCCGGCGAAAUCGGCGUAAUCGCUUCCGUUUCUGUGCCGUUCUGCGGAGACUGCACGCGGGGGAGGCUCUCCACGGACGGAAGGUUCGUUACCUGCCUGUUCGCAUCCGGCGGCAAGGACCUCAAGACGCCGAUGCGGAGUGGGGCCACUGACGAAGAACUGCUACAGAUCAUCUCCGGAGUGUGGGAGCGGCGGUCCGACCGGUAUUCCGAGGAGCGCGCCGCCAACACCGACUUUGAGGGGAACGUAACGCUCCCCGUCAAAAGAUAG